CUCAGGCCCUUAUAUGGAUCUGCUUCAAAGUUCAGGGGGUUCAUCCUUUCCUGAAUCCUCCUCAUGAAUAUAUUUCAUGAAAAUCAGUGCGUUAUUCUCUGUGUGUGAGUCAAACGUCGGCCUGACUUAGCUGUGAGUAUUCAUACCAGGUUGGGACAAUGAAUUCAUGCUGCUUUCACUGUCAUUGGGCUCAGAAGUUGGUAAUGAGGUUUGCAGGCCACAGUCUCCUCCUCCUCCACUGUGGGCCCUGUUGUGGUGGGGGGUUUCACAGGCCAGCACCCAUGGCUGGACAGUCACAGGGAGCUAAUUUUGGUAGAGAGGUGAUCAGGUUCCCUCUCUGUGUGCACAUGAUACUGUCCUAGUUACUUGAGCGAUGUCCCUUCUCACACUGUCACACUCUCAAAGAGUCCAGACACACUCAGCAAUCCUCUUCUCCAGCCGUCAGACUAUCUGAAGUAAAGGACGUUUCCACAGCAGCCUCCUUUGGUUGGACUUUAGUGUCUCUUGACUGGACUGAAUAUUUGGGCCUGGUGCUGUUGGGUUCCAGUCCUAUCUGCUGUUUCUGUCUCUCAGCACCUCUGCCACUGCGGAGGAACAGACUGCUGACCCACCAUGUUUCUAGCACUGGUGGUGACGCCAGAACUGAGGGAGUUCCUGGCCAGGGCGAGAGGAGGAGCAGUGCGCCUCAUCAAGGUGCGCAUCCAAGACGAGCAGCUGGUGCUUGGGGCCUACAGAGAGCCGGAAAAGAGCUGGGACCAGGACUACGAUCACUUCCUACUUCCUCUCCUGGAUGACCAGGAGCCCAGCUACAUCCUGUAUCGCCUUGACUCCCAGAAUGCACUGGGUUAUGAGUGGAUCUUUAUUUCAUGGUCUCCUGACCAGUCUCCGGUGAAACAAAAAAUGCUGUAUGCUGCCACACGUGCCACAGUGAAGAAAGAGUUUGGAGGAGGUCAUGUGAAGUAUGAGAUUUUUGGCACAGUGGAGGAUGACGUCUGUUUGCUCGGCUACCAGCAUCAUGUGUCAUCCUGCUCAGGUCCUGCCCCACUCACAUUAGCUGAACAGGAGCUCCAGAGGAUCAAAAUCACUGAGGGCAGAGUUAAACAGGUGAACACAGAGAUCAGUGUGGACAGUAAGCACCAGACAAUCCAGGGCCUCGCUUUCCCACUACUGGAGACGGCAAAAAGAGCCCUGCAACAACUGUCCCAAAAACGAAUCAACUACGUACAACUGAGGUUGGAUGUACAGAAGGAGACAAUCGAGCUGGUCCACUCCAACCCAACAGAAACUCGAGAUUUGCCCCGCAGAGUUCCUAAAGACACUCCUAGAUAUCACUUCUUUCUCUAUAAGCACUCCCACGAAGGAGACUACCUGGAAUCUAUCGUGUUCAUAUACUCAAUGCCAGGGUACAGCUGUAGCAUCAAGGAGCGAAUGUUGUAUUCAAGCUGCAAAAGUCGAUUACUGGAAGAAGUGGAGAAAGAUUACCAUUUGGAAGUUGCUAAAAAGCUGGAGAUUGAAAAUGGUGAUGAACUGACAGAGGAGUUUCUGUAUGACGAGGUCCACCCCAAGCAGCACGCCCACAAACAGGCCUUCGCUAAGCCCCGUGGCCCAGCUGGAAAAAGAGGACACAAGCGCCUCAUUAAGGGGACAGGGGACACUGUACAGAACAGCUAGAGACAGACAGCGUUUUGUUGGUCAUGUCUGCAGUUUCAGACCAGACCCUGCUCCACUGACCUGUUUAUCUACUCAAACCCACUGACAUGUUGUCCAGCCCAAAGGGAUGAGGAAUGGAUUUCCUCUGGUGUUUGUGUACAGACCACAGCAAACACUUGUGAUAUAAAUGACAAAAGUGUUUUUGUGAAAUUGUGCUGAUAUACUAUCUUCAGUCUGUCAUGUUCAGUUUGUCACAGAUUAAUUAUUUUCAUCAUUCAGGUUUAUUGAUUUACUUCCUCUGUUCAGAAGAAUCAGGCUGAAUCCGAGACAGAUUAUAGUGAAGCUUCUCUGUGUGAGUUUCCAUUCUCACACACUAUCACAAUGUAAUGUAAUGCAUUUGUACAAGUCAAAUGUUUCAGUUCUCAUGUCUAGCUCCAAUAAAAGUUUUAUAUCAACAUUUGUAAGAAAAAUCAAUAUGAAAGGAAAUUCCAAAUAAACUUUUGUUUUUACUGUGGUAUUAGA